UGCUCGAUAAUGGCAACUUGUCAAACACGAAACAGUUCCUGAUAGUAUAUAUCUGCAAUUUAAUGGUCAUUAACUGAACUGGAAUGUCAUAAUUUUUCAUUAGUUUUAAAGAGGAGUGAUUAUUCUUGCAAUAUGUUUUAAGCCUACAUUAUACGGUUACAUACUGGUGGAAAUUCACAGAAUAAAGGAGGAUGCCACCACCACCACCUCCACCACCCCCAGGUGCACCUCCCCCUCCUGCUGCAGGGCCACCCCCUGCCAAGUUUGGAGGAGGGGGGAAAAGUGGGGGUAAAGUUGAACGAGGCGCACUGCUUGGUCAGAUACACAAGGGUGCCAAGUUGAAGAAAACUGUCACCAAUGAUAGAAGUGGACCAACAUUGAGUAGCAAGCCAUCAGGAGGGGGUGGUGGCGGGGGCCCAAUGGGAAUGCCAAUGCCAGCCCCUGGCGGUAGGGGUGGCAAGUUCCAGACAGUUGCUAGCAGGCCAACCUCCAGUGGCCACGCCCCAAUUCCUGCCUUUGGGAGAGGCUCGGCUGAUGAUUCAACAAUGCCUAUUGAAGAGCGACCUGUUUCGCCAACAACACCUGCAGCUCCCCCAGGAAUGGGUGGAUUAGGUGGACUGUUUGCAGGCGGAGUUCCCAGACUGCCAAAUAGAGGGGGCCGGACUGCCGGAGGAGCAUCAAGGGCCCCCGGUUCAGCCCCUUUGAGACCCCCGGGUAGCAACACACAGCGAACAGUACCACAGAGCAAUAGCAAUCUAUCAAACGGACUGUCAAAUGGACCGACAAGGGGAGGGGCACCGCCCCCACCCCCGUUACAGAACAAACCCUCACAUGCUCACAGUGAAACAGACUUGUCAAGGAUUAGUGGUUCAGUUGCCAGCUCCAUAGGAAGACUAAAUACCAGUAGUGAAAAUGUGAAUUCGAAUUCACGGACUCGUGUAUCUGGUGCGUCAGGUGUUCCUAAACCACAGCCCCCUCCGCCCCCGAGUCGAGGUCCCCCGUCAGGACCCCCUUUUGGGGCUGCGUCAGUUACAAAUGGUGCUCAGAGUUCGCACAGACCGCCACCUCCGAAUGCACGCCCACCAAGCAUAUCAGGGCGUCCACUACCCCCACCACCAUCACCGGGGAUGAAUAAUCAUGGAAACAGUGGGUCUUUCCCCCCACCCCCUCCACCUGUUAAUAACAAACCUUCCUUACAACCUACACUUAGUAAUAAUAAAAGCGCUCCCCCACCCCCUCCUCCAAAUACAAAUAAACCUCCAGCCUCUCCCACCCCACCAGCUCUUCCAGGGCAUUUUGGCCGUUCAGCACCAGUAAAUCACCCCCCUCCCCCACCCAUGACUCGACCGCCUUCGAUUAAAAAACAACAGAAUGCCCCCCCACCCCCUCCUCCUACUGCUCCCCCGGCUGGCAGACCGGGUCCCCCACCCCCACCAAACAGAACAACACCAGUAAACAAUGGAGGAACCAUCGGGCGGUCAGGAAGAAGUGGUCCUCCACCUCCACCUAUGCGAGCAACACAGGGAUGGCACCCCCACCCCCAGAGAGAAGGGGCUCGUCCCAUUACAGUGGAGGCAACGAUGACUUUGAGAACCGGUUCCAUUUUCAUGCUCUACAUGACUUUCCUCCGCCAGAACCAAUGGGAAGGACCAACAAAACCUAUCCAAGUAAAACAGCCCGAAAGGCACCACCAGAGCGGAGAGCCCCGCCCCCUCCCCCGCCUGGUGGCAUGCAUUGAGUGACCUUUGAUCUAGAUGACCUUAACCUUUGUAUUAAGUGACCUUUACACACUGACCUCUCUCCUCAUAUCAUGUACCUGGCAUCGAGGUUUAUUGGCGUUAAUAUUAAGAGUUUUAAGAAAGGGUCUUGUAUUUUGAUGGAAUACAUGUCGGAUACCAGGGAAGUAAAUAUUAAGUACCUACAUUUAUGCAGGGAAUGUGCAUGUUUUUGAUCAAUGAUGUGAAUGGGUGAUGAUUUUUACGGCAAUUGAUAAUGAUGGGCUUUUCGUGGUUCCCGAAAAAGUGAUGCAUUAAAUAAUUGUGGAGAUUAAGGCUGAAAUCGGCAUGUGUCGAUUGAGAUUGGAAUUUAAACAGUUUAUUGUUGAAUGGCUGACAUUACUAAGUGGUGACGGAAAGAGUGAUAUCUGCAUACAGUUACAGACAAGGUGACCUUGCGACUGGAUUAGAUUGUUAACAUUAAAAUGCAUCAGUCAGUUUAUGAAACACUGGCAACAUGUCAAGAAAACUUGAAAAAAAGAAGAAAGAUGUAUUUUCUACAGCAAGUGUUGAGUGUCUGUCUUGCAAAUUGUUUCAUUGGAACAUGGACAACAUUUUUGGUCAUAUAAUUGUAAAGGGUUUAAUCGUAAUGGAAAAACGACCCUUGAGGUUAUGUUAAGAACAAAUGCACAAUUUUGUGUAAGUUUUGUCUGGAAGUCUUGUCUAGGGGGCAGGAUUUGUAGUACCCGUAUAAAAAUACAUAUAUUUCAGUAAUUCAGCAGUCAGCCAUUGUUGAUUUUAAUCAGGUGAAGCAACAAGCAGUGUGAGCUGGAUACAGUGGCUGGCCCAGUUAGUUGGAAGUUUACACAAAAUAAUGUAGAUCACUGGCAAAAAAACUUGAAGAUUGUUAGUAUGAACUUAAACAAAAAGUGGUUAUGAAACAUUGAUGCAUCAAACCAUUUUUUUCGUAAAUACAUUAUAUUAACUUUCUUUAACGGAUUACUUAAAAUCGCAACUUCUCUAAUUAUAAGGCAUUUUUAGUAGAUCUGAUCAUUUGACUGUUGGCAAUCAGUAGUUUUUUUUUUAAAUGUAUCAGUAUUUUUUUGUUAGUUUAAUUGUAAUCUAGUUAAAACGUACAAGAUUUUUUUUUUCUGUUUGAAUAACUCUUACGUGUCUUUAAAUAUGUAUCCAGACAACUUAUGAAUUGUUUAUAUUUUUAUUCUGAUUUUUUUUGGUUUUCUGAAUUAUAUUAGUUUUAAUAAAUGGCUCAUGCGUUAUAGAAAAUGAGCUUCGAGUUUUAGGGAAAUCAUUAUUCAAGGAUUUUGUUAAUUAUACUGUAUUUGAUGUAAAAUAUUGACCAUGCUAUGUACAUGUACAUUUUAUACUAUUGAGAUGAAAUAUUAAGUUAAGGUCUAUAACAUGACAAUGAUAAUGUAUAGUAAUGUUUAAUCAUACGUGUUGAUAUAUAUACCAUUGCUCUAAGACUUCUAUAUUUUACCCUGUACUAAAGUGAUAUUUUCUCUACUGUUUGUGUGAAGCAUGAAGCUUGUGUGUCGCUUAUUUUCAUGAAACAAGCAUGUUUGUGCUAGACUUUAUUCGAUAGACUUUUUGUAUUACUAUCAAUAAUGAUUCAUUGUAAAAAAAGAUGAAUUGAUUAUUAUCUUACCAUUUUAAGAUUGUCUUUCUUGAUGGGCGAGCGCACAAGUUGGCUUAGGUUCUUUUGUUGAAAUAAGCUUACACUAGCAUCUGUGAGCUUUAAUAAUAUGAUAUGCAUAUUCCUAAAAAUUAAAUUCUCUAUUGAAAUUUUGGAUUGAAAAAGCAUUUUAUUUUUUCAAAACCUCAAAAUGAAAUAUCUAUGGCUAAAACCUUAGUAGUAUUUUUAUCUAAAUAAGAAUCACUGCUAUCUUCACAAUUUCUGCAUAGUCUUGCAGUUUUAUAUAUUUGGUCUUAUAAUCUUUUAUAAUAAUAAUUGAUAUAAUCUGUCCUGUGUACCAGUAUGUGUCAAUAAUGUACUGAUACUAUUUGACAUACCCUUGGUUAACAUUGUCUAGUAUAACAUGUUUAUAGACACUGCCAUUAAAUACAUAUAUGGGACGGGUCUAUUUACUCUGUAAUGAGAUGGCUGUGGUUUAAGUACUGGUACUUGCGUUAAGUGAAAUAUGUACAUGUAUGUGAUUAAUAAAGACGGAAUUAUUAUAUCAAUGAUACCGAAUCGGAGAAUUUCAAUGUCUCAAUGUUUUAUCUUUACAUUCCGAAUUUCUGUUGUUUACUAUUAUUCUAAGCAACAAUGUCAAGUUGGGGAAUGUUUCUUCGAAUAAAUGUUGUAAAACAGUUACGAGAGGUGUAAUGAUGACACAUUAUUUUUUUUGGGGUCAACUACUGCAUUAGUAAAUAUCAGUUAGUUAUAUAACUAUGUACAUGCCUUUUAUUAUAAUCAAAUGUUUUAAGAAUAUAAAGGGUUAGGUGUUCAUUCAACGACUUACCAAAUAAUCAUUUACGAAGGAAACUCAUUUAACAUUAUUAUGCAAAUGUAUGCAUUUUAUAUAUCAUUUUAUCUUCCAAAACUUUUUUUACUUCUAUAUAUUAUAUGACCAUAGCCUUGGUGUUGUUUUUGUUUGCAUGCAGAUGCAAAAAAAUUAAAUCUGCACUCUCACAGACAUACCAUUUUUACAACUUUUUUGUCUUGGAAAGAGCAAUUUUUUGCGUAAAUAUCUGCAAACCAAUGAUACCAGAUUGUUGGCAAAAAAUCAGAUUGUAGAUUUUCAUAUUUCCGCUUGAAAAUUAAUGUUUUAUGGCAUAAACCGUUUAAGAAAAACGCAUAAAACAUCAUUUUUUUAACUUAAAUAUAAAAAUCUGCGAUCUGAUUUUUUGUCAGCAAUCUUGUUUACCUAUUGGCUCGUUCCAAGACAAAAAAUAAAAAAGUUGUCAAAACGUUCAAUCUGUGAGAGUGCAGCUUGAAUACAGUUGGCCAUUAUAACAAAGAAAAACACUGAAGAUAUUCACACGAAACUUGUUACACAUGUUGCCAAUGACAAUAUGCUCUUGUGUAGCAAUGACGUGGAACUCUGGGCAGGUAUUCAUGAAACAUCGUCAAUUCUUAUCUUAAGUUGCUUUCCUAAGAUUUUGUACUGAUAUUGAAAGAAAUGUACCAGUGACAGGUAGGGCUAUUCCAUUUAUUCCAUUAAAACAUAUAACCCAUGGGGGGCGGGCACUUUUGAAAUAUACCUCUACAGAAGGUAAAUUAACCCUUUCUGGGUCAAAAUUAGCAAAAAAAGACACCCACUUAUAUACUAUUUAAAUAAUUGCGUUUCCCCCAUGGGUUUUAUGCUUUACUGGAAUAGCCCUAACAUGAAAGUGUGUUUAUUAACUAUAUACAAAUAGAGAAUUUUAGAUAGUAUAAAGUUAUUAUAUCAUAUAUGACAAGUGCGAUAUUUAACUUGGGAAAAUGACUUUUAAAUUAGGAAAUGACGUAGGAUGUUUUAUAAAUACGGGCCCUUAAACGUUAAAAUUCUGAAAUAAUUCCCCUUAUUGAUGAAAAUUCACUGGACAAGCGUGGGUAUCCCUUUUCGGUGCUCUUGGAUACUAUUAUGUGAAUGGCUUCAAAUUCAUUUUACAUCUUAUUCUCUUGCCAUCGUAAGUGAUAUUAACAUUUAAAUUGGCUUAAUAAAUUAGCAAUUUACCAUAUGGUACACAGUAUCUGUAAUAGAAUUUUUCUUAAGUAUUCUCAUCAUAAAGCUCUACUUUUUUCAUUUUCAUGUUUAGUACUUUCGAAAUCAUGUUUCGUACAUAAAAUAAACGUUUUGAAGUACAUGUAUUUUUUUAUAAAAAUCAUUUAUUCAAAACCAACUUAAUGUUCUCAACUUCAAAGUCAAGAGAUCAGCUUAUAAAAAAAUUGAAAAAAAAACAAUGUCUCCUGUUUCAUGCGUUUGAAAAGCUGAAAGAUCUUGUACUGCAUUUUGAAACACAGAAGAAAUAUGUAAUACAGUACAGCAUGUAAUUUUGUUAAUUAAAAGUUGUUUAUUUUUUAUUUUGCUGUGCUAAUUAUGAUACUGAUACUAGUUAAGCUGCUUUGAUAUCUAAAUUUAAAAUUGAUAAAUUGAGUGAUUUUAUCUCCCUUUUCUCAUGCUUUUGGGAAUGUUACAAUGAAAUGACCUGUAUAUAACUUGAUUAGCUGUGUGCUUAAAGAGUGUUGCUUUCAGCUGGUUUCUGAAGAGCUUUAUUUUUUCAUCCUUGCUGUUUUCCAUUUUCCCUGUCCGUUUAAAAUAUUUUGCUCAUUUUGUAAGAAAAAGUAUUGUUAUAGCUUUGGGGUUGGCGUAGGUGGUGUUUGUGUUGGCGUUCCUGGGCACAAACGAUAAUAAUGGCAAUUACUCAAGACAUUGAAAUGGAACUAAGAAUGCUUGUUGCCAGAGAUAAUACACACAUCUUUAGCAAGGCCCAGUGUGUGUAUACCACGUGAUAAAUUGUGUCAUAAAUGCUAUGUCAGAAGGCAAUAUUUUGAUUUGAAAAAAAGACUUUAAACAAAGAUAACCCAAAUGUCACUAUUUCUUCACCAUUUUAAAUAAAUCAUAGCGCAGUCUACGCCGCUUACGGAGCACCACUUUCGGACCUUUACCAGAAUUUGAAUGCGAGUUUAGUUUCAUAAAACAGUUUGAAAAACCUUUUCACGGAGCACUGUCAAAACAUUAUUUUGGAAACAGGUUUGUCGAAGUGUUUGAUGUUAAUAAUGACCUCGUCAAAUUUCGGAAAUAAAACAAAUGCGGUGCUUUUUAAGCGGCAUAGACUUCCCUUUGUUUCAUUUAAAAUGGUGUUGUAAAUGAAAAGUUAUCUUUGAUUUAAGUCUUCAUUGUAAGCAAUUUUUUGCCUUCCGACGUAGCAUAUAUGACAUAAUUCUUUUACGUGGUAUACACACACUGAGGCCCAUAUCUCUGGCUUAAAACUGCACACUCACAGAUUGACCGUUUUGACAACUUUUUUUUAUUUUUUGUCUUGGAACUAGCCAUUUUUUGCGUAAAUGUCUGACCACCAGUGAUAUAAGACUGCUCACAAAAAAUCAAAUCACAGGAUUUCAUAUUUACUUUUGAAAAUUGAUGUUUUAAAUAUGAACACUGUGAACUGAUUUUUUGUCAGCAUUGUUAUAUCACUGGUUUCCAGACAUUCAGGGAAAAAUCGGCUCAAUUUCAAAGACAAAUAAUAAAAAAAUGGUCAAAACAGUCAAUCUGUGAGAGUGCAGCUUUAAUAAUUGUCCUGUUGUUUAACUGGAAAAAGAGACAGACGAACAUGGGUGUUUGCUGUUGUACUUCCUACAUAUAUAGACAAAUGCCGCAUCUUUAAUAUUUUUCUUCCUGUUUACACUUGAUUGUUCAUGCUUACUGGUAAUUGAAAUUAUAAAUUAUCAUCUUAGUGCAAGAACUCAAUAUCUGCUUCUAUUUUUAUAUGCAGUUAUUGAGUUAAUGCACUAAGGUGACGAUAUAUACAUUAUAUAUGUAAUAAAGUGAUGCGAUUCUAAAAUGUAGGUUUAUUGUAAGAAACAGACUUAAAAAACAAGCAGUCAAUUGGUACACUGUAUUUUUGAAUUAUAAUUUGGUUUUUAAUCUGGGUAAUUUAAUGAUAUUUUAUUGCAUAUAAUGAAGGGUAUAAACGCAUCAAAUGUUGUCUUGAUAUAAUAAAUGCUUGCUUAAAGAUUUGGCUUGUUAGGUUUGAUGCAAUUUACCUUUACAGAUCUGAUAAAAAUAAUGGAGGGGUACAAGUAAUAAGUGGUCAUAGAAAAUGAAAAACCAGAUCAAACCAUUUCUUUCGACCCUCGAAAUAUAACCAGGAAACAGUAUACUUGAAAAUGUGAAAUUCAAUUGUUCAUCUAUUUUUAUGCGUACUCAUAUUAAUUUCGCGAAUUGUAUUUUUUACAUGUACCUGUAAAUUGCUGCAUAUUGACUCCCAUUCCAUUUUGUUUUAAAGUUUAUUUUGUGCAUUGUUGCCGCGAGUGAUAUGUACAUACUAUUAGUACUGGUGUUGAUACAUGUAUAUAUACGCUUUUGCCAGCCUUUGAUAUUUAUUACGUGGACGCGAACAUGAACAGGUUUUUAAUGCUUCCAUUUUUCAUUUAUGUUAUAAUUUGUUGAGUGAAUGCCGAAAGGUACUAACCAACAUUAAAGCUGCACUGUCACAGAUUGACCUUUUUUCACAACUUAUUAAUUUUUUUGUCUUGGAUUAAACCAAUUUUUGCGUAAAUGUCUGGAAACCAUUUAUAUAGGACCGCUGACAAAAGAUCAGAUUGCAGUUUUCAUAUUUACGUUUGUAAAUUUAUGUUUUAUUGCUUAAAGCAUUGCUAAUGCUUUAGGAAAAAUUAGUUUUUCAACAUGAAACAUUAUUUUUUGAAUGUAUAUAUAAAAACUGUGAUAUGAUCUUUAAAUAUGUCAGCAGUCCUAUAUCAUUUGUGUCCAGACAUAAACACAAAAAAUGGCUAAUUUCAAGACAAAAAAAAAGUUUUCAAAAUGGUCAAUCUGUGAGAGUGCAGCUUUAAAAUGUGAAGUUUUUGCUUUCUUCUGGCUUAAGCCCACGAAAUUAUGAUAUCUUGUUAAUCUAUAGUAAUAUCAAUCUUUGUCAGUGAAUGCUCUCUGUGAUUGUGAAUAAGUUACAUAUAAGUUAGUUCAUUUUGAAAAAACAACAACAACAUUCUGAUUAUUCACUACAGUGAUAUUUCGCUAUUAGACAUAAUUUUACAGGAACUAUUGUAGGAUAAAUCAUUCAUUAAGAUUCACUGUUUUAUUUUUUUUAAGAUUAUUUUUAGCAAAACAGUUAUUACAGUACAAUAUUUUGAUGGAUUGAGAUUACAACUACCAAAAUAUUACCAUCAAUCAAUAAUCACUACUCUAUCAUUAUUAUUAAUAGUCAUUCCAAUAUUAAUAUUCAGUUUUAACAUGUAUAUAAAAUAUAAUCAACCUUUUCUUCCAGCCAUUAAGUGAUACUUUCAUGUAUUGCUUGAAAAGUUUGCAUGUUCAAAUCUUUUGAGAAACCUACCAUGCAUUAUUACGUAAAACAAACUUUUAUAUGAAUCAUUUAAAUAUUUCUGUUCCUAAUAACCAUGUCAUGUUUUAUUCGCGCUGUGUCCGUGAGCGUAUUGUCUAUCAUGUAUUAGUCUUUGUUUACCCAGCCUCUGUUAUAAUAGUGGACAUACUUGUUUAUGUAUUAAUUACAAUUGAUGAUUAAAUUGUAAAUAAAAAUAAUUUUAUCUCAUGA